GUCCAUGGUUCUGCCUGUACAUACAUAAGCACAACCACUCUUUAGGUAUCCAGUCACCACCCCUUCCACACUUCAGGUCGUGCCUUCCGGUUGGUGGAUUGUUCUGACUCAUGUGAUUACAGAUUAGCCACCACAACAACCAACUAAAUAAUAAUAUCUUCUUUUCUCCCAACAUGGCUGCUCAGACUACCUCUAGCAUUGCAAUGGCGCUUGCUGGCAAGACAGCCUCUGUGGAUAUUCCCAAACCUCGUUCUGCUUUCACUUCUGGUGGCCGUGAUUCUUCUCGUUCAGGUCAUACUAUGUUACCGACUCCCCCUAACUCUAUCUCGCCGACGCUUCCUCCGCAGGCCUUCAAGGGCCAGGACGUGAGGCAUCCCACGUCUCCUCCUUUUGCUACAUCUCACGUUGAUUCCGAUAUCGACUUGGGUGACGCCGAUGCAGACAGUCAGAACCAGCACCAUCAGAGUGUUGGUGAUCUUGACAGCGCUGGGGCAAUCACCCCCAGUAUGCUAGCCAAGUAUCACCUACCGGAGAUCAUGCUACAGCACGGACCCCUCGCUAUCCGCCAUGUCAUGGGCUACCUGACGACAUCAGUGCCAGGAUUUUCCCGAAUCCCUCCCGCUAAAGCACGACGACUAGUCGUUGCGGCAUUAGAAGGUCGGGGAAAUGAUGAGAAACGUGGCGGUCCUGCAAAUGAUGUUAUCUUUGAGAAAGUCGGAUGGGGUCGUUGGGACGCACGACGUCGUGGCGAACCCUCGAGGGAUGCGCAGCAUCAGAACUUGUCGCCCCCUUCUAGCUUCUCGAACUCAUUCUCACAGCGUGGGAUACAGAUUCCUGGGAAGAGAGGCAGUCUGCAGCCUUACGGGUCCAGUGUGACUGGUGAUUCGGCUGUCUUCUCAUUUACGGAAAUGGAUUAUGCCGGGCAUAUAUCGGAGCAUGAGGCGGACAAGAUGUCACUCGAUGGGAAUGGACAAGAGUACUGUUCAUCCUCUGAGGCUCCGGAUGAUGAGAUUCAGGAUGAGGACUGGGGCGAAGAAGACGUCACCGACGAAGAGGAUUGGGCACAGAUAGGUGCUGCAGCGCUUCGUGCGCGGUCCUUGAACGGCGGGGGCGGUUUCGUCAACGGACUCCAUCCGUCGCCACAACUCCGAGGCGGUGGGCCUGCAUCAUCAUCUUUAGCAAAGUCUGCGCCGCGCAAGCCUCCUAUUCAGCAACUUGGUUUCUCCCUUCCAGAUGGCAUGGUAGGCAAUACCGAAGAGCGUGCCGCAGUGGAGGCGCUUUUGCGUCUUGGGUCUAUGUAAUGUUAUAUUCUGGACGAAAAACCUGGCUCAGAUUAUGCCCAUUGCGUUUUAUAUUAUGGAGCUUCAUGGCCGGUCCUUAGCUCUAGCAUACGUUUUUUCUUUGUUCUCUUUACGUUCUACGACCUACCCUUGAAAGGGAUGUGCCAGCUGACCCGACUGGUUCGAGGUGCUGGCUAUGAUGCAUUGGGACUUGGGAUUGAACUGGCGUUCGCAUGGUAUUUUCUUUCGCAGCUGAGACUGCUGCAAGUUAUUGCAUUAUGCCUUCACGGCUUUCUUUCCUUUUUAUUUUCUAUUUUCCACCUUUCCUUUCUUUUUUUAAUUGUGGGUUCUGCAGCGACUUCGAUAUAUAUCCUGCUACCCUGUACUCAUUGCAUAUGCCCGGAUGUUAGGGCAGCCAUCUCUACUCUGAUUUGCAUUAUAUCAUACCGAGAGCUGUAUCAUCUCGAUUAUUGUCCAUAUGGUUUUUGGCUGGCAC